CUCGAUGGACAUGAGUUUAGGUGAACUGCAGGAGUUGGUGUUGGACAGGGAGGCCUGGCGUGCUGCAAUUCAUGGGGUCGCAAAGAGUUGGACACGACUGAGCGACUGAACUGAACUGACACCCAAAAAGAAGUGUUAGUAUAGCGUUGGUUGUUCCUGUUGAGGUGCAAAUUAGUGUUUACUGUUGACCCUUGAACCACGUGGGUUUGAACUGCACAGAUUCACUUACCAGCGAUUUUUUUUUAUUCCCAAUAAAAAUACAGUGACACUCUGUAUCUGCAGGCUCGCAUCCGUGGAUUCAACUAACUGCAAGUGGCAAAACAGUUCAGUAUCCAUGGUUGGUUGAAUCUGCAGAGAUGGAAACCAGAGGGCCAGUUUUGGGACUUGAGCAUCUGGGCAUUUUGGUAUCCACCAGGGGUGCUGGAACCAAUCUCUCCAUGCAUACAGAGAGGCCAACUGAUUUUAUUGCCAUGUUUCUGCUCAUUCUGUUCUUUUUCAGGCUGAAAUAACCUUGUUGAAAGCCUUUGCGUCCAUAAAAUCGCAUUUCCACUGUGAGUUUAGAUGUGGGGUUUCUCCAAGUGAAUUUUCUGUUACCACUGGACCUUUUUGUUUCUGUACCUGCCAUUCUGUUAAUUGAUGUGAGAGACAACUCGUUCUUUGGGAUUUGAAAAGAAUUAAAAGAUAGUGCAUAGAGGCAGAGACUGGGUAGUGAGUCUGGGAGGGAGGAGGUCUUGCAGUCCAAGGUAAGAAGGCAAUUUUCAUUCAGGAAAGAUCGGAAGUCGUAAGUGGUCCUAGCACAGGGGAUGAGAGGAAAAGAGGCAGAAGCCUGAGCUACAAAUUUAGAAAAAUUUGAAUACUCUGUUGUGGAAUGUGGUUAGAAUUUUCUACUGGAACAUAUGUACUGAAAUUAUGGGCAGGAAUCUUGUCCAUCUCAUUCAUAACCUGAGUAUUCAUUGUGGGUUAACUCAACAGAAGUUAACUCAACAAGGGCAGGCCAUUAUAUGAAUUUUAGCCAAUGGCCUGUGAACCACAUGGAAAGUAGACGCAGCCUGGUUACAAGGUGUAUUUGGGCAGUGGAUAUAGAAAGUGUCAUGGCAGAUGCUUUGUGACGAUACCAAAACCUAGUCACUUCCCUCUUUUUUUGGAAUUCUUUUUUUUUUUUUUUAAAUCUGCCCUUUUAAAAAUUAAAAAACCCCGAUUUUAGUAAAUAUGAAUGCGUAACUCGUGUGUGUGCAUGCACAGUUUUAUAUCCUUUAUAUCCAGCAAGUCGUGUCUGAUAACAAAACAGCGGACAAUAAAUGUGUUAGUCCUUUUAGGUCCAUCCACAAGAAGCAAAAGGUUUGUGGGAGGACGAUGACCGCGACGGAGAGGGCUGGGGUGAUCUGGAACCUUCAGAUAACUGGGGUUGUGGGUGGGGGCAUCGGGCCGUCGAGAAGGGCGGGCUGUCCGCCAAAGAGCGCAACAGAGGCCAGAACGCAAGGACUGAACAGCCGACGCGCCCCUCGGGCGACUGGUGGGCGGGGCGCUGAGUACCCAGCUCUUGCGUAGGUAGUCUCGCGAGAACGCGGCUCACCGAAGGCCAACGGUUGAAGGGUUUAGUGUCCUCUCAAAAAAAAAAAAAAGCCCAGAAGUCACGCUAUGAUCCGCUUAAUGAUAUUGCUAGCGGGUCUCCGUGGCUUGCUAACGUCAAGACCCGAUUUUCAAAAUUCAUUUCUACAAAUCAUACUUCCAGAGAAAGUCCAAGCAAAUACAAGUGAAAGUGAUAAUUCAGAAGUAGAAAAUGAACAGGUAUCCUAUAGUAUUUCAAUAGAUGAGAAACCAUAUACUGUGCACCUUAAGCAAAGAUUUUUUUUAGCAAAUAAUUUCAUGGUUUAUAUGUAUAAUCAAGGAUCUGUGAAUUCUCAAUCUUCAAAUAUUCAGGGUCAAUGCUACUACCAAGGAUAUAUUGAAGGAUAUCCGAAUUCUUAUGUCACACUUAGCACGUGCUCUGGACUGAGAGGAAUAUUACAGUUCGAAAAUGUUUCUUACGGAAUUGAGCCUCUGGAAUCUGCAUUUGAAUUUCAGCAUCUUCUUUACAAACUAGGGAAUGAAAAGAAUGAAUUUGCAGUUCUUACUGAAAAUAAAGAUACAGAACAAAACCCAAUGGACUAUAACAUUUUUAUAAGUGAAAAACCAGAAUCAACUGUUUCAACUGAUUUAAUUCCUCUUUAUCUAGAAAUGCAUAUCGUGGUAGACAAAGCUUUGUUUGAUUACCUGGGCUCUGAUAGCAUGAUAGUAACAAAUAAAAUCAUCGAAAUUAUUGGCCUUGUAAAUUCGAUGUUUGCCCAAUUAAAAAUUUCUAUCGUGCUGUCAUCUUUGGAAUUGUGGUCCGAUAAAAAUAAGAUCUCUACAGUUGGUGAGGCAGAAGAAUUAUUGCAUAGAUUUUUAGAAUGGAAAAAUUCCUAUCUUACCCUGAGGCCUCAUGAUAUUGCAUAUCUAUUCAUCUUUAGAGAGUAUCCAGAUUAUGUGGGAGCAGCAUUUCCUGGAAAGAUGUGUGUUACCGGUUAUUCUGCAGGAGUUGCUUUGUUUCCCAAGGAGAUGACUUUGGAGGCAGUUUCAGUUAUUGUCACCCAGAUGCUGGGACUCAGUCUGGGAAUAUCAUAUGAUGACCCAAAGAAAUGUCGAUGUUCAGGAGCCAUCUGCAUAAUGAGUACAAAAGCUGUGCAAUCCAGUGGUAUGAAGACUUUUAGCGAUUGCAGUUUGAGAGACUUUGAACAUUUCAUUUCAAACGUGGGGGCCCAGUGUCUUCAGAAUAAGCCACAAAUGCAGGCUAAUCCGGCAGCAAUCUGUGGCAAUGGCAGAGUGGAGGGAAAUGAGGCCUGUGACUGUGGUUCUGAGGAAGAAUGUGGACCUGAUAACUGUUGUGAUCCUCGUACUUGUGUGCUGAAACCAGAUAAAGAAUGCAGUGAAGGAUCAUGCUGCAACGACUGUGAAUUUAGGGAAGCAGGUGCUCUAUGUAGGCCCACUGCACAUCCUGAAUGUGACGUUCCUGAGUUUUGUAAUGGAAGCUCAGGAAGGUGUCCGGCUGAUAUAACUAUACUCAAUGGACAGGAAUGUGAAGGAGGAAAAGCUUAUUGUUUUGAUGGAGGCUGCCAAGAUAUUGAUGCACAUUGUGAGAGUAUAUUUGGAAAAGGUUCAAGAAAUGCUCCAUUUGCCUGCUAUGAAGAAAUACAGUCUCAAACUGAUAGAUUUGGGAACUGUGGCAAAUCAGGAGCCAGAUAUACAUUUUGCCCAUGGAGGAAUCUUAUAUGUGGAAGAUUAAUCUGUACCUACCCACUUCAAACUCCUUUCCUUCGAGACAGUGCUUCUGUGAUUUAUGCUUUUGUGCGAAGUACUAUAUGUAUAACAAUGCUCUAUGAAACAACGAAUGCACAAGAUUCACUCAUGGUCAAAAGUGGCUCUAUUUGUGAUAAAGGGAGGAUUUGUGUAAAUCGUCAAUGUGCAGACGUAGGGCCGUAUAUAAACCGAGUAAACCAGUGUUCAGCAAAGUGCAGUGGAAAUGGAGUGUGCACUUCCCAGAUGAUAUGCAAUUGUACUGAAGGCUAUGUACCUCCAAAUUGUACCACGAGAGCCAGAAUAUCGCCUGGGGAACAGGGUUUACUCACGAAAAGAACUUCUGAGAAGGGCGGGAAGAAGCAGUGGCUUCUGGCUAUCUACGUUGCUUUACCUGUUCUUAUUGUAGCAACCGUAAUAGUUGCUUCGUGGAAGCUUUCGAAAAAGUGGUUUAGCAAGAAAGAGGAGUCCCAAAGUAGUGGGUCCACAUCAGAAAGUAGCAGCCAAUCAGAUACUGUCAGAUCGAAGUCAGAAAGUAGUCCCCAAACAAAUCGCAGCAGUAACUAACAAUUCCUUCAGAAGGCAAUGGAUAUCACUCGGGGUCUCACUGAGAAAUGAAAAUUCGACCUUUUCUUCCCUGGUCACAGCUGAUGGAAAACAAUAAACCAAGAUGGACCAAUUUGCAGGAGUGUCUGUUUUUAUUUCCUCUCCCACUCCGAGGCAUAAUUUUGCCAUGUCAGGGCCUUUGACUGAAGACAGUCAAUCUGAACUUCCAUGACUCCCUGAGCUCUUCUCCACAGCUCUCCCCACCACCCACUUGGGUUUAUUGCCUAGGCCCCUAGCGGCUGGGGAUAUGCAUCAACUGCUGUUACUCAGGGAAGGAUAUGUGUGUGGACUGUGUUCCUCCUCCUGGUCCUUCUCACUGGACUUGGCUGACUGCAUGCAGAUCUCAGUUAAUACAGCUAUUUGCCCCCUCUCCCUCCCCACAACUGCAGAACCAGGGCUAAGGUAAACUGUGCUUGCUCAGGCCUCACAUUCUGCUUGCCACCUUUCUCAUGCCCCUCGGUUGAGUGACCCACAGGAUGAAUCCCAGAAGACAGAAGGACCCAGAGAGCUUGGGCUUUGGUCUCAGGAGCAAAGAUUAAUACCUUAUCAGAGUUUGAUACAAAGAUUGAUA